CCUCGCGGUAGCAUAUGGUUCACUCUUCUUCCCAUUCUAUCACCUUGAACGAAUCUCCAGCUCCAAUAUUACGCCUCGGUCGAUCUUUUCCAAUAAGUAUGCCUCCUAUCCGGACUUCCCGCAGUCGCAAGCCACCUCCGGCUGGUUUCGACGAUAUUGAGGAUACCUUACUCGAAUUCAGCAACAAGAUGAAAGAUGCAGAGAAUGCGUCGCACGAUGGAAAAAAGAAGCACGAGGUUCUGUGGCCCAUCUUCCAAAUAAGUCAUCAAAGGUCCCGAUACAUAUAUGAUUUGUACUACGAGAAGGAGGCUAUUUCAAAACAACUUUAUGAGUGGCUUCUCAAGAAUAACUAUGCCGAUGCAAACUUGAUUGCCAAGUGGAAAAAGCAAGGCUACGAAAAGUUAUGCUGCCUCCGCUGCAUACAAACAAAAGAAACGAACUUCAAUGCAACCUGCAUUUGUCGGGUCCCGAAAGCGCAACUCAAGGAGGACCAAACGAUUCAAUGUGUAAGUUGCGGGUGUCGAGGCUGUGCAAGCAGCGACUAGAUUUGCGCUAGUAAGCAUGCGAAUGUCGGUCAGCAAUUCUUUGCGCGAUGUUCAAUCCGCCUCAAGAUGCUCAGAACAAAGGAUGCGGAUUGACCUUGGAUACGGCGUUUGGGCGGGUAUGAUAUUUUGGCCUUGUCUUCUCGAAUGAAUUCAUUCUUAUUCUCCUAUAAAUCUUGAUUGGAGAAAUUCGUCAAUGUUGUCUAUUUUCAACUGGUUGCAUGUUCGAUUACUAUUCUACGACCAUUAUGAUACCCACUACAAGAAAUAUG